CCGGCUGCAACCGCAGACUCGCGCGCUUUCGAAACCUUAGGACUUUGCCCCCUCGAGCUGCGCCGGGUAGAGCCCUGUUCGCGCACAGGAGAAGGGGGAUCUCCGUGAGUUUUGCACCUGCUCUUUCCAGCUAAGCGAACAGAUCCCAGGGGGCCCGGGGCAGUCCCCACGUGCCUCCUUCGCCCGAGUUCUCUUGCACAACUUCGAAGCUUCGCCCUCCCUCUGCAAGGCUCUGAUCCCCCUCCUGAGCUGAACUUUUUCCACCAUGCCGAGUGGAUUUCUCUCCCGGUGCUGCUAAGGAAACGCUUUCUUCCUCCCCGCAAUGGCCGAGGCUCUGCAGGUGAUAGCAGAGAAAGCUGGCUGUGUCGUCCGUGUUUCUCACGCGCGCGGAUCUGUGCCCCAAGGACCCUGGAGUGGCAGCGGCGUCCUUUUGACGCCUGACCCGGCCAUUGUCCUCUGCCAUGGCUCCGUCUUCUCUCCUUUCCUCCUGCCAGCCGAGCACCAAGACUGGGCCCAGAGCCGAUUUCUCCUCCCUGAUAGCUUCCCCCCGGACAUCCGGAUCCAAGUGCUUAGGCCAGCAGAAUGCAGUCUUAAAGCUCCCAAUAGGAACUGGCUAGGUGGAGAUCUGGCGGGGAACACCCCAGCCUUGAGAUUCAACCCACUUUCAAAUUGGCACGAGACACCCAGCGGCCUCCGCUGCCACAAGGCCGAACUCAUCAUGAUGCUCCCCUGUGUGCCAUUCCAAGAUGCUUUCUCCAAACUCUUCAACUCCACUGAACAGUGGCGUUUUGGCACAGAGAUGGAGGUUGAAGAGGAAUCCAGCGCCCCGGAAGACGAGGCACAUAUCCUGCCCUGGUUUGCACUGCUGAGGAUCUUGGAUGGCGAUUCCCAUGGUGUGGGCGGGGUGAGCUGCGUGGCGGCCGAAACACUGAGGAAGGGAGACCCGGUCUUCGCCUGUGGCUCCCCGUUUGGCUCGUUCUGCCCGGAUAUCUUCAUGAACACCCUCAGCAAAGGGAUCGUGAGCAACACAUCCGGAGAAAACAAUGCCCUAAUCCUGACCGACGCUCGCUGCUUGCCUGGCACUGAAGGGGGCGGUGUCUAUGCAUUAUCAGAAACCGGCCUUCACUUGGUUGGGAUAAUCGUAGCUCCGCUUUGCUGGAAAUCCAGCGAAUGGGUUGGUCUAACUCUGGUUUGUGCUGUCAACAGUAUUCUACACUGCAUCCGGAGCCCCCUUUCUGGGCCUCACCGGGCUCUGAAAACAUGGCUGAACCCCUUGGAACUUGUGGCCAAGUCUCAAGGAAAGAUGGUGGCCAGAGACGGACCACAUCAGCAAAUGCUGGCUGCUGUGGUUCUGGUGGAACGGGGCCUCACCUGGGGAUCUGGCGUGAUCGUGAACUCAAGACUGGUGUUGACCUGUCGACACGUGGCCAACGGCGCAACAAGUGUCUGCGUUAGGUUGCAGCCCAGCCACGGAAAGAGUUCUGUAGCUAAAGGAAAAGUGGUAUUUGCCACCAAGGACUCUUCUCCCUAUGAUGUGGCACUGGUAGAAUUAGAAGAUGACCUGCCCACUUCUACAGAGCCCGUCCUGGCGUCAGAGUUUUACAAAGGAGAAGAUGUGAGUAUCGUUGGUUUUGGCGUCUUUGGCCAGGCCUGCGGCCCAUCAGUAACAUCUGGGAUCCUGUCAGCAGUCAUCACUGUGGGAGAUGAGCCUGUGAUGCUUCAGGCAACCUGUGCAGUUCAUGGUGGCUCCAGCGGGGGAGCCCUGUUCUCCACGCACAGUGGGAAACUCCUAGGUAUCGUUGCCAGCAACACGAGGGAUAACAGCAUAGGAGUGACGUACCCUCACCUGAACUUCAGCAUUCCCAUCACUGUUCUGCAGCCGGCCCUCUUGGAGUACCUUCAUAGCAGAAGCCUGCGUGGCUUCCGGGAACUAGACAGGGUGAGCCACAAGAUCCAGGUUGUGUGGAGACUCCAAAGAGAGCCUGUGGAGGGACCGCUCAGCAAGCUCUGAAGAACUUCAGAAGAGAGAAGAAAAGCAUUGUUUAUCCAUGCCCUGGUUGAGCUAUAUCUAGAUCAGGGCGGUCCAACUUCUCAGACAAGGUAGGCCGCAAAAAGUGCUUGUGGGCCACACAUUGCCUUGUCAUGCAGGUGAGGGGAGAAAGGCCUAAAUUUGACUCCCCCCGGCCCUCGUGUUGCCUUCCCAAAGCUGGCUAAACAAGGCGCCAGAGCCCUAGAGCCCUUCCACCUCCUUCCCAAAGCUUGGAAAGCAAUAACUAGGCUUUGGGAAGGAGGAGGGAGAACUCUAGGUACCUGUCAGAGACCUCAGUCCUCCUUCCCAAAGCCCAGUGCCUCCUGACCUGGCUUUGGGAAGGCAGUGUGAGAACCAAAGGGGGCGGCAAAAGGCACCAAGCCCUUAGGCCUAUAUUAUUGGGCCAGUGACCCAUGCUUAUGGGUGGGCUUGAAAUCAGCUUUCCUUGGCUGAUUUCAGUAGGGCUGAACCUUUUGCCCUCGUUUCCCAUCAUGCACCUUGCUGUGUCCUUCGCUUCUCCAAGUCUCACUUGAGCAUCAAAACGCCCCCUGUUUCUCUUGAGCUCGUCUCUGCCUGGUCUUCCUUGCUGGGGGGCUCUCUCCUGCAAACCCCUGUGUGCUGUUUCCACCUGUCUUCUGUCAGUUCUUUUUCUAAACCCACUGUUUCUGUAGACUUCGCUCGGCCGUUGUCCUCUGUGCCCCCCUGGGAAGGUGGUUGUUAAGACGCCAGCUCCCAUCAGCCGAAGUCAGCAUGUCAAGGAUCCAGUGAUCAAGGAUGAUGGGAGUUAGCUUGGCAACAUCUGGUGGGGGGGGUUUCCCCUCCCUGUCUUGCCACUUCUCACAAAAAACCCCCUACAUUCUCUCUCUCACACACACAGAAUCACAGAUUUUGUACACAUCUGCAUUUGCUUAUAUGUAUCCCCUGGUACCCUUUCCCUUUCCUUCCUCUGUUGCCUUUAUGCACGGAUGAAAUUUCUACUGUAAGCUCCUGGAGGCUGCCUGGAUUUUGAUUACAUAAAUAAACGAUAACAUAACUACA